AUGGCUUCAAUAUCAUCUGAGCCAUGGACAUUAGUCCAACACACGAUUCCCGCCUUUCAAUCACGCGCUUAUCGACGCGCCGUCCGGGACCCUAACACCUCUCGACUCUAUCUACAUGUAAACGAAUACCGCAUCACAAACACAACGGCAACAACCGAUCCCAAAGGAGUAACAAUAAUAUUCGCGCACGGCCUCGAAUCUACAAAAGAGCAAUACGAGCCUUUUUUCAGCGACCUACUCCGCACAGUCGGCUCAGGAACCACCAUCAAAGCCAUUUUCGCAGCUGAUGUGUACAAUCAUGGACAAUCGUUCCUACUCAACAGAAACGAAAUCGGGGAUGAAGCGGAAUGGUUUGAUCCGGCGCGCGAUAUCGUGCAGAUGAUUAAUCAAUUUCGUUCUCAGGAAGAUGGUAGCAUUAGUAGAGCGUACAUGGCUCCGCCGUUGGUGGGCAUGGGACAGUCCUUUGGUGCAGUACACGUCCUGGCCCCAGCAGCAUGGCAUCCGCGUCUCUUCCAUGCAUUAGUUUGCAUUGAGCCCGUCGUUGAAAAUGGAUCGUGGCACGACGACGGCGAGGGAACUCGGCAUUCUACUCAGUUCAAAUAUCGAUUACAUCAAUUGAAGCACUCAUGGAAGAACAUGGCUGAAGCCAGAGAACAUUUCGCAAAAUCUCCAUACUACGGCGCAUUUGAGUCAAGAGUGUUUGAGAAGACGCUCAAGUACGAACUGUGGCGUCCAGACCCGACGAGUGAGCGUGUGACGUUAGUAACGCCGAUACUGCAGCGAAUUGUGUGGUAUAUGAAAGCCGACCCUCCGUAUGAAGGUAUUGCGCCGAGUGAAGACUGGGCAACUCGCUCUGAGAAGAGUAUCAUACCUGGCGGAUUUUAUCGAGCUGAAUGCGACAAAAUCAAAGAUCUCAUGCCGGGCAUACAUUGCAAGACGUUGUAUCUCUGGAGCAGGAAUGCGGAUUUCAUUAGUGAUGCGGCGUAUCGGAAGAGAUUGCUUGAUUGUACGGGUACGGGAAGAGGGGGAGGUGGUGGUAUGGCGACAGGCCAGGUUUCGGAGGCCUUUGUGGAGAAAGGAGCGCAUGCGUUGAAUUUUGAGAAUCCGCUGGGUACAGCUGUGCAGGUGGCUAAGUUUUUGGAUGUUGUUUGGCCCGCAUGGCUGGAUGAAGAGGCUCAGAGGUCCAGGGAGCCGGUGCCGCGUGCGGUCGAGCUGCCGAAGGACUUGGUGGAGAGAUUAGAUAGAUAUCUCCUUGAGAGCACGAAGGUUAGAAAGGCGAGAAGCAAUUUAUAG